AUGGCCGAAGCGUUUCCUGCCAACAAUGGCAUGACUUCAUUCUGGCGCACUGAGCCUCAUUUUCUCGAUAGCCAUCGCUCAACCGAGGUGCUGCCUGAUGCUAGUGAUAUUGUCAUCAUUGGGGCAGGAUAUGCAGGCGUAUCGACUGCAUACCACUGCGGUCAUCUGAAACCUGAUGUAUAUUACCAAGUCAGUGCCCUGGCAGAUAAAUAUGGAAUUGACGCAGCAGAAGAAGUGGCCGCUUUUGAGUUGGCGCAUAUGGCAGCGGUUCAGUCUUGUGUAGAAGAGGAGAAGAUCGAUUGCGAUCUAGAAUUCGGCAAGGUCGUUGAUGUGCAGCUUGACGAUAAUCAUUGUGCCAAAACCAAGACGGGAUACGAAUCUCUUCUUGCUCAGGGAGCCCUUACAACAACGGAGGCCGAUUUCAGUCCAAAAGAGACUGCGGAAGCUGUGUCUGGCGUGAAAGGCGCCCGGGGCUGCUUUCGCUGUCGCACAGGGCGACUUUGGCCAUACAAAUUUACCACUCAACUCUUGGAGCGGACUGUCUCGGCCGGCGUCAAUCUUCAAACUCAAACACCCGUGCUCCGCAUAUCUGAAACCCCUGACAUUGAUGGACGUUGGACUGUCGUGACUAGCCGAGGUUCGGUUCGAGCAAAAUGGGUUGUUUUCUCCAGUAAUGCAUAUACAUCUGCCAUCGCUCCCGAAUACAAGGACAAGAUUGUCCCUGUACGAGGUGUCUGUAGUCGGAUCGUGGUGCCCAAUCCACCGAAAACCCCGCUGAACUGCUCUUACACAUUGCGUUUUAAUGCCUGGGACUAUGAUUAUCUGAUCCCCCGACCGGAUGGCAGCAUUGUUGUUGGUGGGGGAAAGUCUACGUUUUUCCAUGACUCCAGCGAGUGGUACAACAAUACGGACGACAGCAGAUUGAUAGAAUCUGCUACGCGGUACUUUGACAAUUACAUGCAACGGCACUUCCACGGCUGGGAGAACACAGGGGCAUAUACCGACCGUGUUUGGACGGGAAUAAUGGGUUAUAGCACCGACUCCUUGCCGCAUGUUGGACCCAUCCCAAACAAACCUUGCCAGUUGGUGAUUGCCGGCUUUAACGGCCAUGGAAUGCCACAAGUCUUCCUCUCAGCACAGGCGAUUGCGCAGAUGAUUAUCUGUGGAGCUACGUAUGAGGAGACGAAGUUACCGCGAUUGUUCAAGACCACCCUGGAACGGCUGAGCAGCCAAGAGAACCACAUCCUGAAACAUUUGAAGGCUAUUUGA